AUGAAGUUUGCAAACAAGCUCUUUUUUGAGCAGAAUAAUCAAAAGUUGGUGUGUAGCUUAAAAACAAAGUUUGGUCAUGAUGCUGUCUUAAUUUUUGGAGACUGGUCCGCACCUAAUACCAAGUAUCACGAACCAACAAGAAAUAAGGAUCUCAUAAGUAUGCUAAAGAAGAGUGGUUUUUCUGUCUAUUUGAUCAAGGAAUACAAGACAUCUUCAUAUUACCCAACAUGUGAAAGCGGACUAAAAACUUUCAAAACAGUGCCCAACCCUCACCCUUACCAAAGAAGCAAGGAUCCAAACAUAGUAUGUCAUGGCUUAUUAAAGCGAUUCAAAGAAUAUGAUAUUAAAUUGAUUCCUGACACCUAA